CGACUCUGCGACGUGUCAGGAAGUUGUUGUCAACAUGGCGGCCCAGCAGACCGAUGUCGAUGAGCUCUUCGAUGUGAAAAAUGCCUACUAUAUUGGCAGCUAUCAGCAAUGUAUCAACGAGGCUCAGAAGGUCAAGCCUUCAACGCCAGAGAAGGAGGUCGAGAGAGACAUGUUUUUGUACAGAGCAUACAUCGCCCAGAGGAAGUAUGCUGUAGUGCUGGAUGACAUCAAGCCCAGCUCCUCACCCGAACUUCAGGCUGUCAGGAUGUUUGCAGAGUAUCGCUCCAGCGACAACAAAAGGGAUGCGAUCGUGGAGGAUCUUGACAAAAAGAUGACAAAGAGUGUGGAUGCGGCCAACACCACCUUUCUCCUCAUGGCCGCCUCCAUCUACUACCACGAGAUGAACUCGGACGCCGCUCUCCGCACGCUGCACCAGGGAGAGAGUCUGGAGUGCAUGGCGAUGUCUAUUCAGGUACUGCUGAAUCUGGAUCGUGUUGACAUGGCAAGGAAGGAGCUGAAGAAGAUGCAGGACCAGGAUGAAGAUGCAACUCUGACCCAGUUGGCUACAGCCUGGGUCAACAUCGCCGUGGGAGGAGAGAAGCUGCAGGACGCCUACUACAUCUUCCAGGAGAUGUCGGACAAGUACUCCUCCACCCUGCUGCUCCUCAACGGCCAGGCGGCCUGCUACAUGGCCCAGAACCGGUGGGAGGAGGCCGAGGGCGUGCUGCAGGAGGCCCUGGACAAAGACAGCAGUCACCCUGAGACCCUGAUCAACCUCAUAGUGCUGACUCAGCACUUGGGCAAAGCUCCGGAGGUAACAAAUCGCUACCUUUCCCAACUGAAAGAUGCCCACAGGACCCACCCCUUCCUCAAAGACUAUUUAACCAAGGAGAAUGAGUUUGACCGACUAGUGAUGCAGUAUGCUCCAACUGCUACAGCAUAACUGUCUGUUGAUGGAUAUCAUUUUAACACCUUGAAGAUUAUGCUGACACACACACACACAUACAGCAUCGCUCACUCACUAUUUCUUUGAUAUUCGCCAUUGAUGCAUUGAAAUUGUUGUUAAAAAAAUAAGAAUAUCCAACUUUAAACUUUGCAUUUGAUUAUGUUAAUAUCAAAACAUGUAUUUUCCCACUAAGCAUUCCUCUGAAUUGCAAUAAAUGUUUUAUUACCCUUUUUUAUGCUUCUAUUGU